AUGGUUUUGGAUAACUCAAACUCUAGAUAUGAUAGAUUACCCACCAAUGACCAAAUUGAAUAUGAAAAUGAUGCAGAUAGGAUUAAUCUAGACAAUGGAUAUCCAUCUGUUCCUCCAACUUAUGACGAUUCAAGAGGACUUUCUGAAGAAAUGGAGUUUUUUGAAGGUAAUGAUCAUAAUCAGCAUUGGAUUUCUACCACUCAUCUGAAUGAUAUGUUAGUAAUAGUAAAAGAAAAAAUUAUUGAACCACUAGAUGUGAUGUUGCGGAUACUCUCUGAUCAAUUGGAUAUGCAAUUGGGAAAAAUCGGUAAUCCAUUGAUAUUAAGAAGAUUUUUUUAUAUAUUCUUCAUGUCUCUUAUUACUUAUUCUGUGAUAUCGAGUGGCUAUCUACCUAACGAUAGCAUACGAGGUUCAAGAGGAAUGUUUUCAGAUCACAAAACAUUGUUGCAAUAUGCAAAAGAUUCCAUUGAUUUAGCAAAGAUAGAGAGAGAUUUGGAGUAUCUCAGUAGCAUGCCUCAUAUGUCUGGUACAAGAGGUGAUACGUUGAUAAAAAAUUACAUUUUAGAAUCAUUUGAAAACAAUGGUCUAAAGUUGGUAAAAGAAUAUAUAUAUGGUGCAUAUGCUACUUAUCCUGAUUCAUCAAAGCUUAUACUAUACCCAAAUGAACCGGAUAAGAAAUCAAUUAAUAUUGAAUUGGGUCCAGAUAAUUUUAACCCAAUGGCAACUGGUGGUGAAGUUUCCAUGGCAUCUGUUAUUUAUGGGAAUAAAGGUACAAUGGAAGAUUUAAAAUCUUUGGAAGAAGCUGGUCUAUUGAAUGAAGAUUUUGUACUCCUAGUAGAUUAUGGGAAAGUUAUCAGUGAUCAGAUACUAAUAGCCGAAAAAUUUGGAGCUAAAGCUAUACUGUUCAUUUCAGAUCACACAGACAAUGAUAAAGAUAUUGUACAAAUGAAAUCUGUAGCUAUUCCAAAUUAUUGGGCAGGUGAUGCAUUUUCGCCAGGGUGGGAUAGGACAUCUUCAGAUGCUUCAAUUGCGCUGAGCGAUUCAAAAACUCUUCCAAAAAUCCCAACUUUGCCAAUUUCAUAUAACACAGCUCAACAAAUAUUUAAAUAUUUGAGCACUGAUGGUUUAAAAUUCAAUAAUGAUAUGUUCAGCGGCAAGAUCGGUGAUUUAAAAAGUGAUAUCCAAGUGAAAGUACAUAAAAGGGAACGACAACCAACGUUUGAUAUCGUUGGUAAAAUAGAAGGAAGAGAACAGACUGAUAAAGCAAUUGUGAUUUGUGCUUCCAGAGAUUCUGCCAGUAAUGGGUUCACCUACCCUGUAUUUGGUACGGCUAUGAUGCUUUCCUUAUUAGAAUUGUUUCAACAAAUAAAGUAUAAAUAUGAUUGGAAACCACUAAGAAAUAUUUAUUUCAUUUCAUUUGGUGGUUCUGAAUUUAAUUAUGCAGGAGCUACCGAAUUAUUAGAACAACGAUUGAAUGCAUUGAAGGAUGAAGUGUAUGCUGUUGUAGAUAUCAGUCAACUAGGUGUACCUGAUAGUGAGCAUGGUAUUGAUAUUGAAACACAUCCAUUAUUACAAAAGUUUUUUGAACUUGAUAUUUUCAAAAAGAACUUUAAGGUGAAUGUUAGUAACGUUAAGAGUUUCGGAGAUUGGAUACCAUUCCUGGCUAAUGGUAUCCCUGUCUCUAUAAUUUCUACACCGAAUGUCAGAAAUCGAAUACUACCAAUAGCAUCAAGCAUGGAUACAUACGUAAAUGGAAAGGAAAUCUUCCAUGAUAAAGAAAAACGGACGCAAGUAGUAAAUGUUUUAUAUGAAGCAUUACUAAUAUCGUUAAAUUUGAUAGAUAAACCGCUGAUUCCCUUUGAUAUUUUACAUUAUGUUAAUACUAUUGAUGACCUAAAGAAAGAUAUUGAAGGUAAUUUUUCUCAUAAAUUAAACUUUAAUGAAAUUAUUAGAGGAAUGUUACUUUGGAAAUCUAUUGGUAAAAAAUGGACAUCUUGGAUGAAAGCCUGGGAUAAUAUAGUAAUGUCUCAUGACCAGGGGUUAGAGCCUUCAUUAUUAUCAGUCCAUCGUUGGACUUGGAAUAAAAAACUAUCCAACAUAGGAAGACGCCAGUGUAAACCUGGGGGUAUUCCAGGGAGAAGUUUUUAUAAAAAUGUUUUAUUUGGUCCAGCAUUGUUUUAUGAUAAAGAGAGUGAACAUAAUUGGAGUUAUCCGAGCGUGAGAGAUGCUAUAUUCAACGAAGAUUGGGAUGAAGCUCAAAGACAGAUUAAUUUAGUAGGCCAAGUAUUGAAGGAUUCUGCUAAGUUAUUUAUUGAGGAGAAUAAUGACGUAGGCUACUGA